CAUCAGGUGCCGUCCCUCACCUAGGUAGGUGGCGCCGCCAGCGGCGGCGGCAGCCACGCGAACCAUUAGUUGGUGAGUGGACCGCAGUCUGGGGUCGGCCCGGCGCGGGCCCUGGUGGCCGGGCCGGUCGGCGCAGGGUGCCCUCCAGCCCCCGGUGACAGCAGGAGCGUACCGUCCGACCGAGGACCCGCGCCGCGUGCUCACACCAUCAGACACCAUGCCGGCCAACAGACUCAAGAGCGGCGAGGACACGCUCCCCAUCAUGGACCCCUUCUUCACGGGCUCCACGGCAGUGAUGGUGACUCCGGAGAAGUACCAGCAGGCCACCUACGCCUGGGACCAGAUCAACGUCUACACGCGCGUCAGCAAGAGCCGGUUCAGCUUCGGCAAGUCGCAGCCCAAAGAACGCAAACACAUCCUCAAAGAUGUCCGUGGCGUGGUGCACCCCGGUGAGUUUGUGGCCAUCAUGGGGGCCUCCGGUGCCGGCAAGACCACCCUGCUCAACGUCCUCACCUUCCGAAACCUGCGCGGCCUCAAGGUGACCGGCGGACGAACCAUCAACGGCGAGACCACCAACCUCAGCUCCAUCAAAAAGAUCGGCGCCUACGUGCAGCAGGACGACCUCAUGAUCGGCACCCUCACCGUCCGCGAGCACCUCCGGUUCCAGGCGCUGCUGCGGAUGGACUCGCACGUGCCGUACGAGGCCAGGAUGAAGCGGGUGGCCGAUGUGAUCCAGGACCUGGGCCUGACCAAGUGCGCCGACACCGUCAUCGGCUCUCCGUCACUCGGCAAAAAGGGCAUCUCGGGCGGCGAGAUGAAGCGGCUCUCAUUCGCCUGCGAGGUUAUCACCGACCCGCCGCUCAUGCUCUGCGACGAGCCCACCUCCGGUCUGGACUCGUUCAUGGCUCAGAACGUGGUGGCCGUGCUCAAGACGCUGGCCGAGCGCGGCAAGACGGUCAUCUGCACCAUCCACCAGCCGAGCUCGGAGGUGUACGCCAUGUUCGACCGUGUCCUGCUGAUGGCCGAGGGUCGCGUGGCCUACAUGGGCGACGUGGACGGCGCCUACGACUUCUUCAGAGAAGUGGGCUACGCGUGCCCGACCAACUUUAACCCGGCCGACUUCUUCAUCCAGACGAUGGCCAUCGUUCCUGGAAACGAGGAGCAGUGCCGACAGAGGGUGGACAAGAUCGCCACUCGAUUUCAGGAGUGUAAGCUGGGCCAGGACAUUUCCAAGGAGGCCGGCAAGCUGGUGCAGUCCAUCACCAGCGGCAACAGCGCAGACGUCGACACAGACGCCUCGUAUCGGUCCGACUACAAGGCCGGCUGGUGGAGCCAGUUCAAGGCGGUCUUCUGGCGGUCGGUCAUCUCCAAUAUCCGGGAGCCCAUGGUGCUCAAAGUGAAAAUCAUCCAAACAGUGUUCAUCUCGCUCCUGUUCGGCGUCAUCUACCUCGGUCAAGAGCUGAACCAGGAGGGCGUGAUGAACAUCAACGGCGCCCUCUUCCUCUUCCUCACCAACAUGACCUUCCAGAACGUGUUCAGCGUCGUGAACGUGUUCUGCCUGGAGCUGCCCAUCUUCAUGCGAGAACACGGUAACGGGAUGUAUCGCACCGACGUCUACUUCUUAGCCAAGACGCUGGCGGAGCUGCCUCUCUACAUCAUCUUCCCGGCCGUCUUCGUCGCCAUUAGCUACUUCAUGAUGGGCCUGAACAGCGAUGUCACCGCGUUCUUCAUCUGCGUCGGAAUCGUCAUCUUGGUCGCGAACUGCGCAGCUUCGUUCGGCUACAUGACGUCUUGUUCGAGUAGCAGUGUGAACGUGGCUCUGGCCAUCACUGCUCCGGCCAUCAUCCCGUUCAUGCUGUUCGGCGGCUUCUUCCUCAAUAGCGGGUCCGUACCCGUCUGGCUGGAGUGGCUCCAGUACCUGUCCUGGUUCAACUACGCCAAUGAGGCGCUGUGCAUCAACCAGUGGCAAAACAUCGAUCACAUCGACUGUGGGGGCUCUCCGGCGUGCCCCAGCAACGGCACUGUCGUACUGGAGACUCUCAGCUACAGCGUGGAUAACUUCAAUGUGGACAUCGGCGCCCUGGCCGCACUUCUAGUCGGCUACCGGCUGCUCGCCUACCUGAUCCUGCUCUUCAAGUCCUAUAGACACGAGUAGCGCUAGCUGCCACAGUGCCGCGCUUUAGCUUCUUCACAGCGCGUAGCUGUCAGUGUCAUUGUCACGUGCCAUUGCCAAGAGCCAUCGCCGUGUGAUGUCUGGUGGUAUGACAUCCUCACGUCAGUGGCAAGUCACCGAAUAAUGUCGAGAGGCAACAGUCAAAUGUGAGGCCUUGUUUGAACUGUAUUGUGCAGGAUGGCAGCAUCUGGGCUAUUCGUCGUCACCUAGUGUGCGGGGCCGGGGUACGACGUUCCUGGUGCUAGAAUGUGGCAUUGAAGCUCGGUAAUGUGUUGAGAUUAGCUAUAUAGGUACCGGAGGGGUGCGACAGGCUCGGCAGCGUGUGUUCCUGGGUAUCGGUGGCACUGUUAAAUCUUAAUUCUCAAGCGCAUUUCAGGCAUCUCAAUCAAUCUGGUGCUGAGAAACACAUGAUGCUUUUUUCACAAAUUUCAAAUUAUUUCCUGUUGGUGUGCUGAAAUACCCGAAAUGACUGCAUAGUCCCUGUGCAAACUGUGACGAUCGUGCCUCAGACUUUUGUAGCUAGGGUAAAUAUAAUCUAUUGGGAAAUGAUAAUCGUAUAUGUACAUAUGUCUUUUGCGUUUUCCAUCACUACAGAUGAAUAUGAACUUGUGGUUCAGAGCUGAGCCGAGGCAAGCCAAUAUUGGUUUUGCUCGCCCAGGAAUGUGUUCUUUCCAAUAGCAUAUGCCAAAAUGUCCUCGUCAUUUUAAGCGGCAGAGUGCUUAUCAGUUAUAAUGUGAAUAAAUACGUACAAUGCA